AUGCCAACAGACAAGGGAAGAGGAUAUGCCAUCGGCAUCGACCUCGGAACGGAAAACACACGUGUCGCUGUCUUCCGUGACGACAGAGUUGAGAUCAUCCCCGAUGAAGAAGGCCGUCGAAGCAUGCCAUCUUACGUCGCAUUUACCGAAAGAGGGCGCCUGAUCGGCUCACCUGCAAAAUCAAGGAUUACUCUGAACCCAGAAAACACCAUCCAUGGAAUGACCCGUUUUCUGCCGCUUGGCUUCCGCGCUCUGCAACAUGGUUUCCAUGGGCAACCUCUGGCUGGUGAUAAGCUGCCUCUUCCUUUCCAUGUAUCUGAACAAGCCAGAGGAGUUGUCAUCGAGGUAGACUACUUGAACGAAAGAAGGAGUUUCACACCGGUGGAAAUCUUGGCCAUGAUUCUUUCCAAAGCCAAGCGGAAUGCCGAGGCAUACCUAGGAUGCGAGGUGCGAGGUGCUGUAUUAAGUGUGCCGGUCUUUUUUUCUAUGCACCAACGCUACAUGAUGGUUGAAGCUGCGAUAAUCGCUGAUCUGAGGGUCAUGAAAGUCGUGCUUGCACCUUGUGCAGUUGCCAAUACGUGGGCGUUGCACAGUUUGACGUCUCGGAAAGAGGAACACAACAUUGUCAUCUUCGAUUUGGGUGCCAGGUCUCUCAGUAUCGCCGUCGCCACGGUAGAAGAGGGCCUCAUACAUAACAAAGCAGUUUCAAGCAACUGGUGGAUUGGUGGAGACCAUUUACUUAACGUCCUUGUUCUUGAGAUGGUCAACGAAAUCAAACAAGCAUGGGGAGAAGACGUCACAAAGAAUAAGCGAGCCUUCCAACGACUUCGAAAGGCUUGCGAGGGUGUCAUCUGCGCACUCUCAUCGGCCACAUUCGCAUCCAUCGAUAUCGAUUCCCUGUUAGAUGGGCGCGACUUCUCCCAUGGAAUUUCAAGGGGCAAAUUCGCGUCGCUUUGUGAGCCCAUCCUGGAAGGCAUGGAAGAGUCACUUGGUGAUGCACUCAGAAAUGCACGGGUGGAUAAACACGAUGUUCACAAUGUCAUCCUUGCCGGUGGCUCGUCUCGCAUUCCCCAUGUCCAAGGAAAGCUAAUAGACUUCUUUCAAGGCAAAGAUCUAACCAAGUCCCUCAAUCCCGAAGAGGCCGGAGUCUCUGGCCUUGCUAUCCGUGCUGCUAUGUUUUACGGGGAUACAACCAACAAGUCCAUCCAUGAGAUGCUGCCCUUGCCAGUGUUCCCUACAAGUAUUGGGAUCGAGCUUCUUGAUGGCUCUGUCGUCGGGGAUAUUGUGUCACACAAUACCACUAUUCCCACCAGAAAGCAGGAGUGCGUUCAAGUGUACAGACAUGUCAAAACAGUGGGCGUGGUCGAGAGACUGCAGCAAGGCUCCGAGGACACCAUAGUUCUUGCCACAAUCGACAUUGGGAGUUUAAAGCUCCCCACAGACGACCUCUGGAUCGAACUAGAAUGUACCAUCGAUAUCGAUAUACAGACGUUUCGUGGAUCAUGCACCGUCAGGAAGAAAGGCCACAAUUCGUCCAUCACGGCACAGCUGGGCCUCGAAGACCGCCUCCCAUUGACGGAAUUGGAAAGGCUGAAAAGCGUCGCGGAUAUUGCUCACAAAGCGGAUGAAUUGGAGGCCAGAAGAGUCAUCGAUCGGAAUUUACUUGAUGCGCGGAUAGCAUCACUUCUUGAGGCUAUUGGUGAAUUGGAAUUGAGCAAGCGA